AUGCCCAUUAUCGUCAAUCAGCUACGAUCCCUGCUACGCAAGCAAGAAAAGGAGUCCUUACCUUCCUCCCCUUCAAGGGAGAAGUCUUCCCCCAAGAGACCUUCAGAGUCAGAUGGGGCAGAUCUGCCGGCAGUUCAGGAUCUCGUACCCAUUAUUCACAACCAGUCAGAGUACAUACAGCACCUGGAAGCAGAAGUCAGAUUUUGCAAGGAGGAGCUCUUGAGCCUGAAACAGAGAAUCAGAGUGGUUGUUGUUGAAAACGAGAAACUGCUUGGAGAGCUGAAGUCUCGGACGGUGGAGGACACUCUUAAAGACUAUACCAUUUUGGAUGCUACGACAACUGUUCCUGAAGGCCUGGCCACCAGGGAGAAUGUCCACAGCAGCCUCGACUCCGGACCUCUCUCUCGCGGCCAGCAGAAGCCUCAUCAAGACCCCAGCCACCCCGCUGAGGAACAGAAGUGGCAGAGCGAGCUGGACAAACUGAAGCAGCUCUAUCAGGCGCAGAGAGAAACAUUGGAGGCGCAUGUUGUGUCAUUGAGGAAGGAGCUGGCGACGUCCCAGAAGGAGGGCGAGGAGAUGAAGAGCCGGCUGAGACACCAGGAGGCCCUGGCGGCGGCUGAUGGCGCCAGCCGUGUGGGCGGGCUGUGUCUGAAGUGUGCCCAGCACGAGGCCGUCCUGGCACAGACCCACACCCACCUCCACGCACAGGUCAUCGAGCGCCUGACCAAGGAGAGGGAUGACUUGCUGGCAGUCCUGUCGUCGCUGAGGGCCAGCCAGGGUGAAACGCAGCAGAGGGAGUGGGGCGCCUAUCAGCAGGUCAAGCAGGCUGUGGAGAUGGCAGAAGAAGCCAACCUGGAAAAGACCAGGGCACUGGUGCAGUGUGAGCAGCUGCAGAGAGAGCUGUCCAGGCAGAGGCAGCAUCUGGAGAGGGAGCUGGCGGCCGAGCAGGAGAAGAUUGGGAAAGCUCGGGACGCCGCUCGAGAGGAGGCCAAGAGAGAGAAGGAAGAGCUGGCCGCAACCGCGAUGACUCUCAGCCAGAAGGUGGCCAGCCUUGAGAGCCAGCUGGAGAGACUGAAGAGAGAGAAGAGCUCUCUGUCCAGCCAGCUGGAGGAGGCACAGCAGCAGCUCAACUCCCAGGAGACCGACAUCAGCAAGGUCUGCGGCGAGCUGCGGUACCAGCUGGACCAGACCCGGCUGCAGAGGGGCGAGGCGGAGCGGGAGCUGCAGGAGUACCGGAUCAGAACCGCCCGGGAGCUGGAGCUGGCAGCACAGGAGGCGGAGAAGUGGCGGCUGGAGCUGAGCGCGUGCCGGCAGCGUCUGGAAGGGGCCCAGCAGGACGCGAGCCGUGCCAAGGCGGAGGCGCUCAGCCUGGCGGAGCGGCUGGGCAGAUCCCAGCACCAACUGCACCUCACCAGGCAGGAGAAGGAGGCGGCCGUCCGCUGCCGCAGCGACGAGCUGAAGGCCUUGACCUUCGGGGCGCGGCGGCGGGAGCGGGAGCUGACGCAGAAGAUCCAGCACAUGGAGGCGCAGCGCGAGCGCGGCGCCUCCGAGCUGGAUGACUUACUCAGCUCCCAGAACACUCUCAUCAGGAAGCUGAAGGACGAGUGUUGCAACCUGGGGACGCAGCUGGAGGAGGUGACCAGCGGGAGCAGGAGUGCGGUGGAGCAGCUCUCCCUGGAGAACGAGCACCUGCGGGAGUCUCUGGACAAGCAGCAGGCCCGCUGUGCGGAGAUGGAGGAACAGUGUGUGCAGCAUGGCAGGAUGCACCAGAGGAUGAAGAACAGUAAACUUUUGAUUUGCGAGGAGAAGUUGGCACUGCGCUCCGGCGCGAGACGAGGCAGAUCGAGCGGAGACUGCCUGCGAACCCUGCCGGGCGCCGGGGCUCAUCUUUAACUCCUUCAGGCCCAGGCGCUGCGCGGACACCCGCGGCCCCCCUGCCCGCCGUCCGGCUGGCGCCUUCAAAGGGCACUGGGCACUGGACCCGAGAGGGUGCCCCAUGCAGAGCUGCCACUUUCCUAGUGGGCAGGGGAAAUACGAGACCUGGGAGUGACAUGUUAUCUGUGGGAAGAAGAGACACAAAGAAGGAAUCCACACUUGUGUUUAUAUCUGUGUAACAUUCAGUUGAUUGUGUUGUACUGCUUCUUUUAUGUGUUUCUUUUUUCUCCCCAGCCUGUGACACAGACAAGACUAAAGCAUUUUUAUUAGACCAGUUUCACAAUGUCGUUGUCUACCAAGCAGGGGAUAGUCCACUUGUCACCCAUGAUGGGAUUCUUUUAGCUUACGAAUGCAGUUGUAAACUGGUCCUGUCACUGUGUUCUGCAGCGAGCUGAUCUCUGGCAUGGCCUAUCUGUUGCAGUGCUGGGAAUGUGGUCCGAGACACAUCAUCAUUCUUUCCUCCAUCUAACUAGAACAAGUAUUUGUGUUAGACAGUGCUGAUUCUCCCAUUCAAUGUUCAGUAUGCUCUAUACAUGCUGUUAAAAGCUAAAAGCUACUACUGCUGCUUCUACACCUAAUAAUAAUGAUAGCAUAUAGUAAUUAGUAAUUCCAUAACAUUACAAUUUAGUGGCUAGACAAACUCUAGACUGGUUUAGACCUUGGCUGUCUGGUGUAUGUCAUUUAUAUACUAUAAUAUAUAUUUUGACUUUGACGGUUUUUACUGAAGUCCUCCUCAGCGCAGAAUUUUACCAUAUUUUUACCAUAUUCUACAACACUGUUUGCAUUGAGAUAUUGACCACAAAGCCAUGCUGGAUCUUAUUCCUUGCCUGCUUUUUAGCAAAUGGUGUUAUUGAGCUUAAAGAGCAGCAUAAUUAAGCAUGGUUUCCCUUAACUGCAGAAUGAAUCCAGCUGGAAUUCACUGCCACAGGCAAUGGGAGUGUGGUUUCUUUUAAAGCUUUGUGUUGCAGGAUGUUUUGUAUUUUUAAAGCUGUGUACUUUUGACAACAUUUAAAUAUUAAACUGCUUCUAACUGCUUUGUUAGGUAUGGAUAGAUGUCCUGUUAACAGUGCACACAGCACUAGGUUUGUUCUGGACAGCUAUAUUAUUUUGGGGACAGUAACUCAACAAAACCAAAUAAAGGAGGAGAGAGUA